GGGGCGGCUGAGACUUUUUUUUUAGUGUGUGUGUGUGUGUGUGUGUGUGUCUGUGUGUAUGUGCGUGUGUACAUAUAUGUGCGAAUGGGUGUCUGUGUGCGCGAAAGUGGGAGCGGCGGUAAUAAGGUGCGUGUGAAGCCACCUCGUCCCGGGGCACAGUUUCUCGAACCUACAAGUGAGUGGUCAAGAGUUACGGGUGGCGAAGGUGAAGAAGAAACCCAACAGAAAGAGAUAACAUGGAAAGUUACUUCAGUCCGUAGGAGGCGGUAGUGCCGCCCUUCCCAGGGUACCGAGAGAGGGAAGGGAAGGGAAGCCGAGGCGAAGCGGAGUGAGGCUCGAACUCGAGGCAAUUCAUAGCAGUUGAGAAUGCCGAAGACCAUCAAUGUGAAACCAUCACUUCUGUUCGAUAUAUACAUUUUAGUACAAAUUUUGCUUUUUACUUUUAAAAGAUGAACAUUUUUCAGAAUAUGAAAACUUGGAAAUAAUUAAUGUUCUCUUUUUUCUCAUCAUUAUUAAAUGAUAAAAGAAUUCCUGAAAACAGAACAGCAUUAUUCAAGGCAGUACUUAUGACCCGAGAAACUAAUUAUCUUUAAAAAACUGACACAUAUUAACAUUUAAUGUAACUAUUCACAUAUUGAAUUCUGAAGUGCACUAUUUUUAAGUGGGGCAAUUUAAUACUACUCUUUCCAUGCACAAAACUAACUCUACAGUUGUCUCAAAAGCAAAAUGAAGAUCCUCUGUGAAAAAAUAUUAUAUAUUUCUGUUUCUGAAGUGAACAAUUUCAUAAUGAUGUAAAUGUCUCCCAAUAUCUGGAUGUGGUGCUAAGGACAACUCAUUUUUGACACGAGCUGUACAAAGAGGACUUUUCCUUAAAAUAACUUCUAGCCAAAUUUAUACUCAUCAGCAUGCACAGAAUGAAAAAGAGAGUGAAGAUGAUUUAGACAAGAGGAUGUUUUCUUGAACCAUAAAAGGAAAAUGUGAGAUUCAACUUGCAACAUUGCAGAGAUUUUUUUUUUGUCUGUAUGUUGAACAGGUCUUAGUGGAUUUAAAUCAACUCAGAUGUCAUCAAACGAAUCUUCUCCUCCAUCUUUACAGAAGUUUUCUCCAUCUGUGUCUCAUGCUGCUGCUCCACCUACUCCAUCUUUAUCUUCAAGUCCACAAUCUGGACUCUCAGGCCGACUUUCCAAUGGCAGCUUCAGCACACAAAGCCUCACCAACUCCAGAGGAUCUGUACAUGGAAUCUCUUUUUUGCUGCAGAUUGGUCUCACUCGAGAAACAGUUACAAUUGAGGCUCAAGAUCUCUCCCUAUCUAUUGUUAAAGACCUAGUGUGCUCUGUAGUUUAUCAAAAGUUCCCGGAGUGUGGGUUUUUUGGCAUGUAUGAUAAAAUUCUCCUAUUCCGCCAUGAUCUGAACUCAGAAAACAUUUUACAGCGAAUUACAUCAGCAGAAGAGAUACGGGAAGGUGAUCUUGUUGAGGUUGUUCUGUCUGCAUUAGCUACAGUUGAGGAUUUCCAGAUUCGACCUCACAUGCUUUACGUUCAUUCCUAUAAGGCCCCUACAUUUUGUGAUUAUUGUGGAGAGAUGCUUUGGGGCUUGGUACGGCAAGGACUGAAAUGUGAAGGGUGUGGAUUAAAUUAUCACAAGCGAUGUGCUUUUAAGAUUCCAAAUAACUGCAGUGGAGUAAGAAAGAGGCGGCUAUCUAAUGUGUCUUUACCAGGAGCUGCACUUUCUGUCCCAAGAUCUGUACAAACUGAAUCUACGUCCACAGAAGAGCGUUGUCAUCCAGAACCUAGUAAAAGAAUUCCUUCAUGGAGUGGGCGUCCGAUAUGGAUGGAAAAAAUGGUUCUUUGCCGGGUGAAAGUCCCACAUACCUUUGCUGUACAUUCUUACACUCGACCUACCAUAUGUCAGUACUGCAAGCGAUUGCUCAAAGGCCUUUUUCGCCAAGGAAUGCAGUGUAAAGAUUGCAGAUUCAAUUGUCAUAAACGCUGUGCCUCUAAAGUACCUAAAGAUUGUUUGGGAGAAGUUGUCUUCAAUGGAGAAGAACCAGCUAGCCCAGGCCAAGAUACUGAUAUGCCAAUGGAGGUUGAUAGCAGUGAAAUGAAUAGUGAUGUUGGGAGAGGAUUGGAUUAUGUGGAAGAACCAUCUCCUCCAGAAGACAAAAUGUUUUUUAUGGAUCCAGCAGAUCUUGAUGGAGACAAAGAUGAAGAGGCUGUAAAAACUAUCAGCCCAUCCACAAGCAAUAACAUUCCAUUAAUGAGAGUUGUACAGUCAGUCAAACACACAAAGAGGAAAAGCAGUACAAUGGUAAAAGAAGGAUGGAUGGUUCACUACACAAGUCGAGACAACCUGAGAAAAAGGCAUUACUGGAGAUUAGACAGUAAAAGUCUUACGCUAUUUCAAAAUGAAUCUGGGACAAAAUAUUACAAGGAGAUUCCACUUUCCGAAAUUCUUCAGGUGACUCAGCCACGGGAUUUCUCAAAUAUGGUGCAAGGCAGCAAUCCUCACUGUUUUGAAAUAAUAACUGAUACAAUGGUAUACUUUGUUGGAGAGAAUAAUGGCAGCAGUCACCAUAGCCCUGUUUUGGCUGCUACUGGAGUUGGAUUGGAUGUAGCCCAGAGCUGGGAGAAAGCUAUUCGUCAGGCUUUAAUGCCAGUCACACCUGAGACCAGCACUUGCAUUACUACAGGACAAGGAAAAGAUCACAAAGAAUUAUGUGUCAGCAUUUCUGUUUCAAAUUCCCAGAUCCAAGAAAAUGUGGAUAUAAGUUCAGUGUAUCAGAUCUUUGCUGAUGAGGUGCUUGGUUCUGGUCAAUUUGGAAUUGUGUAUGGAGGUAAACAUAGAAAGACUGGACGGGAUGUGGCAAUUAAAGUAAUUGAUAAAAUGAGAUUCCCUACAAAACAAGAAAGCCAGCUCCGCAAUGAAGUGGCUAUUUUGCAGAAUUUGCAUCACCCUGGGAUUGUAAACCUGGAAUGUAUGUUUGAAACUCCUGAAAGGGUUUUUGUUGUGAUGGAAAAACUUCAUGGCGAUAUGUUAGAAAUGAUUCUUUCCAGUGAGAAAAGUCGGCUUCCAGAAAGAAUCACCAAAUUCAUGGUCACUCAAAUACUUGUUGCUUUGAGGAACUUACACUUCAAGAAUAUAGUACACUGUGAUUUAAAGCCUGAAAAUGUACUAUUAGCAUCAGCAGAACCCUUUCCUCAGGUAAAGCUGUGUGAUUUCGGUUUUGCACGCAUUAUUGGGGAAAAAUCUUUUAGGAGGUCUGUAGUAGGAACUCCAGCUUAUCUUGCCCCAGAAGUACUUAGGAGUAAAGGCUACAAUAGAUCGUUGGAUAUGUGGUCUGUGGGUGUCAUCAUCUAUGUGAGCUUAAGUGGCACAUUUCCAUUUAAUGAAGAUGAAGACAUAAAUGAUCAGAUCCAAAAUGCAGCAUUUAUGUAUCCACCAAAUCCCUGGAAGGAAAUAUCUAAUGAAGCUACUGAUUUAAUAAAUAAUUUGCUUCAAGUGAAGAUGAGAAAACGUUAUAGUGUUGACAAAUCCCUUAGUCAUCCUUGGUUACAGGAUUAUCAAACUUGGCUUGAUCUUCGGGAGUUUGAAACUCGCAUUGGAGAGCGUUACAUUACACAUGAGAGUGAUGAUGCUCGCUGGGAAGAACAUGCAUAUGAGCACAAUCUUGUAUAUCCCAAACAUUUCAUUAUGGCUCCCAAUCCAGAUGAUAUGGAGGAAGAUCCGUGAUUCAUUGGAAAAAGCAUUUUAACCAAGUUCUGAUACUUUGGAACAAUUGAUGCUUUUGAUUGUUCAAAUGAUUCAGUGUCUAAAGCUAUGAAGGCAAGAUCCUGCAUCACUUUGUGGAUGGACAUGUGGGAAGCAUUUUUAUCUCUCUAGUUUCUAUGAUUAUGAAUAUCAUCCAGCACUGAGUUAAAAGCCAUGAAGUAUUUCUGUAAUAUUGCCUUAUUGGUACAUCACAGAGAUGUUACUGACAGCUUAUGUACACAGAGACUUGAUGUAUGUGAAAUUUCUUCUUCUUUUUUGUAAUUUACAUAGUAACAAUUUUUAAUGUUUUCUAGUUCUUAUCUAUUUAGGCAAAGAUACUAUUUUCUGAUAUUUAGAUAACAUUUAUAAGGAAGCUAUAAAGAAUCAUGAACAUAUAUGCCAUGACCAAAACCUAGAAAUAUGCAAAACUUUUCAUUCUGAAAUGUCUUGAGUACAAAACUUCAUGAAACUUUGCAAACAUCCCUUUCAAGUGCAAAAUUGAAAAAUUGAGGCAUAUAAUUCAAUAAAACAGUUUGUUAAGCUAUGGGAAUGCAGAAUAGCAAUAGCACCUGAAUACCAUACACAUUGUACAAGUUACUGCAACUUAAGUUGAAGUUCUGACAAUGUGUUCUCAUCUCUGCAUAUAUCUUUUUUUAAAAUUGCAAGAUUCCUUGGCCAUUUUAUUACCAAAAUAAAAAUGCUUUUGUUACUUUUCUACCUUUCUAGCAGGUUUGUAGUCACUUUCUUAGAGCAAUUCUCUAAAAGAUUAGAUGCUAGAAAAAUAGAUAAUUGAAACAUUUAAUGUGAGAAAGCUUCAACAGAAUAUAAUGCAAUUAUUUAAUAUGAAAAUAUCAUUUCCUUUUAAUAUUUUUAUAUUGGUUUUUCUGUUAGCCAAACAUCCUAUUUUUAGUUGUAAUAUUUUUCUAAUAUCCCAAUUUCAGAUAGUUUAAAAAAAUCUUUUUUAUGAUGAUGGGAACUAAAAUGCAGAAAAUUAUAACUCCUCAAUUCAUUCAUGCAGAAUGAAGAAUAGUAUUUUAUUGAUAGAUUACUUAUCACUUAAUGAUGGAAAAAUUGAAGGACUGUACUGAGAAAGACAUACAGAGGUAUAGUCUUAAUCAGAAUUAAAUCUAGAAAAAACAUUUCUCUUUUCUAGUUAUUGAACUAAUAAUUUGCCAACUGCUACCUUGCCCGCAUUAGAUGUUAGAAUCAGGGCUGGAAAAGAUAUCCACUGCAGAGAUGGGGGAUUAAAUGUAUCUUGCGGACUCCAAUGAUUGAAAGGAAAUACUCAAAAGUAGAUAUGAUGGAAGUUGACAUGGAAUAGUUGAAAGUAUUCUUAGACUGAAAUCGCCCGAGCAAGCUAAAUCCCAGCCUAAUCUCUACUAGAACUGAACGUAUCUGUUUUUACCUGACUUUUUUUUUAAUGCCAAAGUAGACUCAUAGAUGUUCCCAGUGGUGUUCAUUAACAGGGCUAUUGUAUAUGUCUCCUUAGAAAUAUAUCCCACUGAGUUCAAUGGGACUUACUUCCAAGUGAGUAUGUACAGUUGAAUAGCUAUAAUUUAAAUAGUUGCAAGUAACUUCUAGAGAAUGUAUUGUACUUCAUGUUACGCCUGUUAGGUUAUUCUUUUGUUUUCAGGAUAACAAUGUUAUGUUUUCAGGAUAACAAAUGUUAUAUAGCAGUAGAACAAGAAUACAAAUGUUAUUGGGGCCAAAGAAAAAAAUAACUGGAAUGUUUCUAUUCUAUAAAGCUGUUACACAUACUCUACAACAAUAAAAUUGCAUAGCUAGCAUUCUUAAACUGUUCCUUUGAAUGCCUAAAUUACUGCAUCAAAGCUUUAAAUUGGCAUUUGUUCCAGAUGAAUUUGUACCCAGAAUUGCAUUAGCAUUAAUAUUUCUUUUUGAGGUAAGUUGCAUUCAUCGAAAAAUAGUGCUGUAUUGAUUCUAGAAAAUACUUUAGUAAAACCUAUAGUCUCAAAAGACACUGUCAAGUACUUUUUAUAUUUUUAUAUAUCUCAUUGUUUGUAAAUAUCCUCUAAGCUUGAAAUAAAUUUUAUUUCCCUA